CCGUAAUCGUUCACGACGAGGCAGUUCUUUGUGUGAGGGUGGAGGUAGGUUUCUGUGUUACGCUUGUGACUGAGGUUCUUCCUCCAGUAGUCGGGUGACUUCACAGAGAUCAACUUCUUUGAUUAUUGUACAAUGUUUCGUGCUUCAACUGUAACGUCUCCGGCCAAACCCGUGCCUCCGCCGAAGACUUUCCGAGGCUUGGGAGAAAACAUCAAUGACAAAUCGCUCAGUAAUAAACCCUUUACCCCAGAGCCUGAGCGGGCAGUUGUGCUGACCCAUUCCUCUUCUCGCCAGCCGCAAACCCCCAUCUCUUACGGAUAUCGUUUUGCGAGUGUAGAGCGCUUGGUACAGAGAAAUAAAAUCUAUGACAAUAAUCCGGACAGUGCUAUUCAUAAUAUAUUGACAGCUGACGCUCUGUCUAGAGCAUCCUCACCAAGUCAGAGUUUGUCGACAAAACGGGAGAUUUUCUUCCGUCCUGAUGGAGGUGACUCCACCAUAAACUUGACAUCCACAACCAAUACAUCUUACUCUUCAUCUGGGCUGAUGAAUUCCACAAAGGAAAAUAUUAUACAUAAAGAAAAGGAGCGAGAUACAGAAACGAUUUAUCCAAAAGACAUGGAGGGCUACGUGGGGUUUGCCAACCUCCCCAACCAGGUUUACAGGAAGGCAGUGAAACGUGGGUUCAACUUCACCCUAAUGGUAGUAGGUGAAUCGGGCUUGGGAAAGUCUACUCUUAUAAAUUCCUUGUUUCUUACUGACAUCUACUCCAAUGAGUAUCCAGGCCCGUCCCAGAGGAUUAAGAAGACAGUACAGGUUGAAACUAACAAAGUGUUCUUGAGGGAGAACGGCGUAAAUCUAACUCUUACUAUAGUAGACACACCAGGUUUUGGAGAUGCAGUGGACAAUAGUGAAUGUUGGCAGCCUAUUGUAGACUUCAUAGACACUAAAUAUGAAGACUUUUUGAAUGCAGAGUCACGGGUUCAUCGUACAAGUAUUACAGACUCACGAAUUCACUGUUGUCUGUAUUUCAUCAGUCCAGGGCAUGGCUUGAAGCCUUUAGAUAUAGAAUUCAUGAAGAGAUUACACGAAAAAGUUAAUGUUGUUCCUCUCAUCGCUAAAGCUGAUACAAUGACCCCCGAAGAAUGUUACCAGUUUAAGAAGAUAGUACUUAAUGAAAUUGCCCAAAAUAAGAUCCGAAUCUAUGAGUUUCCAGACUGUGAGGACGAAGAAGAAAAUAAACUUCAGAAGCCCAUGAAGGAACAAGUACCAUUUGCUGUAGUAGGAAGUAACAUGGUAAUAGAAUGCAACGGUAAAAGAGUUAGGGGUCGAAGAUAUCCCUGGGGGGUUGCAGAAGUGGAAAACAUGGAGCAUUGUGACUUUCUUGCCCUCAGAAACAUGUUGUUAAGAACUCACAUGCAAGACCUGAGGGACGUAACCAAUAAUGUUCACUAUGAAAAUUACCGAUGCAUGAAACUGGCAGGAGUUGGUGCUGAUGGUAAACCGGUGGCAGUGGCCAACAAUUAUUGCCAACAACGGAUAUCAAACACCUGUAUGGUGUUCUGGAACCCUCUAUCCCAGAUGGAAGAGGAGAAGAAAGACCAUGAGACAAAGAUGAAGAGAAUGGAAAGAGAGAUGGAACAAGUCUUUGAUAUGAAAGUUAAAGAAAAAAUGAACAAACUAAAAGAUUCAGAAGCAGAUCUUAAUCGAAGGAGUGAGCAGAUGAAAAAAACACUAGAACAGCAAAAACAGGAACUCUAUCAGAAGCGAAAGGAGUUUGAAAAAGAAAGAACUGCAUUUGAGUUAGCCAACAAGGAUAUGGACGAGACUCUCCGAAAGCUGGCUCUAGACACUAACUCUAAAGAGUAAGUGUGAUGUGCCACUAAAUCUAGUUCAUGUUGAUACUCUAUUGAUUUAAUCAAUGAAGUUGUGGUUAAUUUACUGAUAUACUAAUUAAAAGUUCAGAACAAGCAAUAUCCAACAUUUAAUAGUUCAGGGAGGGGACAUGGCAAUAACGAAACAAUUGUAUUAAAGUAAUUUAUUUACCUUUUACCAUUCUAAGAAGCUUCCAGAUAUUUGUAUUGUAAUUGUGAAAUAAUGGACGAGUUAUUUGAAACAGGACUUUUACAAGAAACUGUUACGUUAUGGUAGUGAUAUCUGUAUUCAUAGAAAACCUGUUACACAGGAGCUGCAGAUUUAUCAAACUUUCUAACACAUAUGUAUUAGACUAUACAGUAAAUCAAACAAUUACUUUUAUAUAGAUAUUUUUUAAACGGGAACUGGAAAAUCAGAUACCUAGUAUUUAAAAUAGUACACUUGUGGGAGAAAGGUAAUAGUGUACCACCAUAGACAGUGGUUAUUUGUUACACUUAAUAAAUAGACUUCCCUUUUACCUUGUGUCUUCACUGUGCAAGAUAAAAUUUAGGAAAGGUGUAAUAGUGUAUGAAUAGUCUUAGAGGUAAUGAUUAUUCCAGUAAGUAAAGCAUGUCAUCUAUUACCUUUUUUUUAUUUGGUUCUGAAGGAAAUAUUCAUUUAUUGAUAAACUCAAAGAGUACUUUCUUAACUUGUAAUUUUCAGUGUAUGGCCAAGUUUGGAUUUGGUUUGUUCUAAUACUACUUGUCUAUUACGUAAACAACCGAACAAAGUUUUACAUGUGAAUAAAGUAAGUAAGAGAGAGUUAAAUGAUGUGGAGCUAAAGGGUAACAGUAUGAAGUAGGGAUAUAUCAAUGUUCUCUGUAGAAGCAGAAUAUUUAGAACACCAACGGGCUCUGAAAUCCCACUCUCCUUGGCAAAGUGAUUGCAUGGUUACAAAAGAGAAACAUUGAACUAGAAGAAAAAAAUGUAAUGAGUUGCACAUUUCCUUAAUAACAAACAAACAUGUGUGUUUAGUGAAGGCUAACAGUUGUAUAUGGGAAGAAUGAAACUACUACACUCCCCUGAUUCACCUUUUGUUUAUACAAACAUGUACUUUA